CCCCCGGCCGAAUCCAGUUCGCUCCUUCUCGCCGCACCGCGCACUGUUCCUGCACCAGCUUGGCCUCCUUUUAAAGGCCGCCGCGCCCUGCUUCCCCUGCUUGCCAGCAACUUCCCAAUUCCCUCAACCACCCCUUCCUCCUCACCUGCUUCUUCUACCGAUCAGCGAUCAUCAGCUCCCACAGGCCACAGGCCACAGGCCACAGGCACCACACUACUAGAGAGAGAGAGAAGAAGAAGAAGGUGAAGGAGGCUCUGCAGAUUUAUUUCUGGCCGCAGCAAAAUUCAGCUCAGAAGCCGGCAGGACGAACAGUCAGCGAUCGAGCCGGCAGCGUGCGGCGUGUUCCGUGGGAUGCCCGCGGCGGCGCCGGCGAUCUGAGCCAUGAACCAGUACGUCCCUGAUUGGAGCAGCAGCAUGGGGGAAGCCUUCGCGACAUUGAACGGCGACGACGAGGGGCUCAUGGAGCUGCUGUGGUGCAACGGCCACGUGGUCAUGCAGAGCCAGGCGCCGGGGAAGCCGACGAGGCCCGAGAAGGUUGCUGCGGCGGCGGCGGCGGUGGUGCAAGACGACGAGGCGGCGGCGUGGUUCCAGUACCCGGCGGAGGACGCGCUCGAGAGGGACCUCUUCACGGAGCUCUUCGGGGAGGAGCAGGCGGAGUGCGCGGCCCACCGGAGCGCGAUGAUGACGCCGCCGCCGCGGGAGAAGGCGUGCCCGGGGGACCUCGGAGACGUCUCGCACGCCGCCGCGGCGAGGGCGGCCGCCGGCGGCGAGUGCGCGGCGACCACGACGGAGGCCGUCGUCGAGUCGUCCAUGCUGACGGUCGGGUCGAGCUUCUGCGGGAGCAACCACGUGCAGACACCGCGCGCCCGCGCCGGCGCGCCGCCGCCGGGGGCCGCUGGGAAGUCCGGCGGCAGGGCCCGCGACGCGGCGACGGUGACCUCGUCGUCGAUGCGGCCGCCGUCCUGCACCACCAGGACCGGGCAGCCAGGCGCCACCGCCCACCGCAGCGGCAAGCGGAAUAAGCCGAGCGACGCCGCGGAGACCGAGGACGCGGAGUUCCAGUCCGCCGACGCGACGUGCGAGCCGGCGCAGAAGCUGACGACGGCCAAGCGGCGGCGCGCCGCCGAAGUGCACAACCUCUCGGAGCGGAGACGAAGGGACAGGAUCAACGAGAGGAUGAAGACCCUGCAGGAGCUCAUUCCCCACUGCAACAAAACGGACAAGGCGUCGAUGCUGGACGAGGCGAUCGAGUACCUCAAGUCGCUGCAGCUCCAGCUGCAGAUGAUGUGGAUGGGCGGCGGGAUGGCGGCGGCAGCGCCGGUGAUGUUCCCGGCGGGGGUGCACCAGUACAUGCAGCGGAUGGUGGCCCCUUCCCACGUGGCGUCCAUGCCAAGGAUGCCGUUCAUGGCGCCGCCGGCCGUGCAGAGCCCGCCGGGGGCCGACCCCUACGCGCGCUACCUCGCCGUCGACCACCUGCAGCCGCCGCCGCCGCCGGCGGCGGCGGCCCCCAUGGUACCACCCAUACGCCGCUGGACUUCUGCCACGAUGCAUGCACGUAUGCCUCCGCUGUUUCCUGAGAGAUUUCAGCAGCAUUACCUGCAGGGGAUGGGCUUCUACCAGCAGCAGCAGCAGCAGCAGCAGAGCCCGGCGCCGCCACCGCCGCCGCCACCCGCCGUGCCGGCCAGCAGCCUGCCAGCGGCGACUGCACGGACGUCGCCACCCGACGGCACCCUGCACAAGAAAUACGAAAACUGUGGCAAGCCUGAGAUCCAGUGUAUCACCAGCUGAUGGGGAUUCUGAUUCUACAUGUUUGUGUAGUUAGUAAUAGUACUGAUGCUGUAAGGUUAAGGCUUGACUGGGAUCUAUAUAUAUAACUAGUCAUAGAUAAAUUUGAGAUUUGUUCAAUCCCUUGACUGAUCAAGUCAUUUCUUACGCGUUUGAUAGGCAGUGUAGUAAUUCGAUCGGCGAUUGAGAUUUGCCAAGUCACGCGAUUCUUUCUCGCGAUAUAUGCAAAAAUGUUGAUAUGUACUGAAUGGUGUUGUGUUCCACAACUGGUUGACCAUGUCAUGGUUAGUCUAUGAUUAGAUUGUUUACCCAAAUUGUUUCAGAGAUCAUUUGGGAAAAUGUAA